AUUUUUCAUCUAUAAUUCAGAAGCUAAGUAAAUAACAAAAUGAAGCCAGUAAAGCAUCUGUUGACCUCUAGUAGUAAAUUGGUAAACGUUCCAGAAUUAACAUUUAAAAAAGGACUAUUUAAUUCACCAUUGUCACCUAAACCAAAGGAAAAACAUAGUGCAAAAUUAGUACGUGAUAAACUUGAACCGAUGGUCUUAAGAUCUCCACCAACAGGAGAAUCCAUUGUAAGGUAUGCUUUGCCCAUUCCAUCAAAUAAGACAAAGGAGUUAAUAGCAGAAGAUGAAUUGAUCAGGAAAAUUACCAAACAUCUGAAGAUGGUGGUUGCCAGUUUGGAAGAAACCUAUGGAUAUGGCACUCAAAAUGGAGAAAAAGAAAUUGUGAAGCCUGAACAUGAAGAAUUAACCUUUUCUGUUGGGGAUGAUCUGACUUCAUUCUUAAUAUGUUGUUCACAAUUUGCAACUCAGUUAGAAGCAGCAGCUAAGGAAGAACAUAAUAUUUUGGAAUCUCUUUUUAAGUGGUUUCAGCGACAAGUCAAUCAGAUGGAAGAGAUAAGCAAAGAUCAAACUUUUUCAGAAGCAGAGUUUCCAACACCGGAUAAAACAGUCAGUUUAAGCAUUACACAAAUAGUAAAGCAGGUACACAAACUUGAAGAACUGAAAAAUCGCCUUAAAGAAGGGUCUAAAUACAACUUCAGAGAACUGUUGUCUAAACCCAAGGAUAGUGGAAUUCCACCAGAAGAUGUGCAAACUUAUGAAAUUAUGAAGCAGAAAAUUGAAGAAUUCAUAAAAACACACUCAACUGAAGAAAUUACAGAUGUUUCUGUGACUGAGCCAUUAGAAACUUCUCCUGUAACUAAUCAAUUGAAUACCAUGUUGAAAAUAUUUGAAAAUCAGGCAAAUAAAUUAGAAAGAGCUAUGCAUGAGCAGCUGAUGUUAGAGGCUAAAUGCACACAGAUUCAAAGUGAUCUCCAAGCAUUAUCAGAGGAGAAAUUAAUGCUAGAAAAUGAACUACAAAAGUUGAAAAGUACAGAGAAAACAAAGGCUACAAGUGAGCGAACAAAGAAAGUUAUGAAAACAGAGAAGAAAAAGGACAAAGGAAAGUCUGAAGAUUCAGAAGCGAAGAAGUCUGUAGGGAAAGAGCUUAAAGUAAAAGAAAAUAUGCCUCAAGUCCAGAAAGCAGCACAUGCUCUGGAAAUUGAGAACAAAGUUCUUCGGGAACAACUGAAACAAGCUUUACAGGAAGCUGAAAGAGCUAAACAGCAACUUGCCUAUUUCCUAAAUCAAGAAAAGGAGUUUCUUAAAAGUGAGGCAAAGACCAAGACACCCGCAGAAAUGGGUACUGGUAAAUUAAAAGUUAAAGGUGAAGAUUCAAAAUAUAUACCAUUGGAAAAUGAAACAAGAAAAGCAGUAGUGGGAGAUUCAGGUGGACAAAAAACAAAUGAUAAAAUUACACAUCCACAGAUGAAGCGUCCUGCAAAGAGUGUUACUCAUGGUUGGGUGAUGCCGGGUCUUGUUUUCAACUCAGAGAAGGAAAGAGCUAGCCCUGCUAUUUCAGAUCUUUCACAGAUCCUCAAGUCUCAAGAUGGAUCACCUUUUUUAAAGACUCCAAGUGAACGUUUAACUGAUGAAGAUCUAUCCCGUAUAGUUUCAUCAAAGAACUAUGAUAAAACAUUCACAACAAUGUUAUGGCAUGAAGAAAUUAAAGAUGCACAGUCUGUUGGAAAAUUGCUUCAAGAGAAUGAAAUGUUUACAGCACCAUUCAUCUCACCUUCUGUUGUUAAAAAAAGGGUGCUGGGUACUGAUGUCUCAAAGGUGGCUGAUAUUUUAGAAGAGAAUUUACAAACUAAGAUUGAAAAACAAACUUACCAAGAAGCAAGAGAAUUUCAAGCUCCUGGUAGAGAAUUAGAUGAAAAUCCUCUGCUUGAGAAUGAAACACCAUCAGAAGCUAAAAAACAGUUGUUGAAAUCAGGAACUGCUAGAGCAAAUAGACGCAAUGCAUUUCUUAUAACAGAGCCAAAAGCUAUAACUAUUGAUGAUCAAUUGCCUGAGGAUAUAGCUUCAGUUCUCAACAGGCAGUCUCAAAUUAACCUUGAAGCUUCAGGAAAUGGCAGUUUUGAUAGAUAUGAUGAAGCAUCAUAUGAAAAGGUUAUGCUUAACCAUCAGGAUUUGGUGUCAAAAACCCAAAUGCAAGUAAAGAAGCAAAGAACUCUGAAAAAGGAAAGACUCUCUCGUAAGCAUCAUAAUCAUAAAUAA